AUCAUCAUGUUAAAUUCUGUCUCUGAUCUACAUGGCUAUAUUGACAAAAGUCAGCUGACCCGGGAGCUGGGAGGAACCUUGGAGUAUGGCCACAGUCAGUGGAUACAUCACCGAACUGCUAUUGAAAACUUUGCAAUGACAGUAAAAACAACAGCACAGAUGCUACAGACCUUUGGAACAGACUUAGCAGAGACUGAACUUCCCAACGAUGUGCAGUGCACAGAGGAGCUCCUCUUCGCGCACACUGACCACCACAGCAAGCUGAAGGAUGAGCUGAAACUAGCUGUGAAGCAGGGGGCCACCCUACUGACAUGUAUUAGGGAGCCAGUCACCCGAAGUGCCAACAGCAAACUCAGUCCAGAUGAACUGGAAAAUGUGGCGACAGUAGAAAGGUUGUUGGCUCAGUUGGAUGAAACAGAAAAGGCUUUUGAUCAAUUUUGGACCAAGCAUCACCUAAAACUAGAACAAUGCCUGCAGCUUCGACACUUUGAACAUGAUUUUAGAGAGGUAAAACUGGCAUUGGAUAAUCUCAUGGAAGCACAAGCAGGUUUUGCUGACAUUGGAGACAGUGUGACUCGAGUGGAGCACCUCCUAAAGGAACAGAAACAACUGGAAGAGAAAGGACAGGAACCUUUGGAGAAGGCCCAGUCUCUAGCUCUCCAUGGAGAACAGCUCAUCCAAAACAACCAUUAUGCGGUUGACUCCAUUAGACCAAAGUGUGUUGAACUCAGGCGUAUUUGUGAUGACUUUACCAAUGAGACCAAGAAAAAGUAUGAUAUUUUGGGAAAGUCUCUUGAGCUGCAUAAGCAGUUAGAUAAGGCAAGCCAAUGGUGUGAAGCUGGAAUCUACCUCUUAGCUUCCCAAGCUGUGGACAAGUGCCAGUCACAAGAGGGAGCUGAAACUGCACUGGUUGAAAUUGAGAAGUUCCUGGUAACAGCUAAGGAACACCAGCUCUCUAACCCGAAGGAGUUCUACAAUCAGUUUGACAUGAUCCUCACCCCUGAAAUAAAGGCCAAUGCCCAAAGAAUUCUACAAAAACUAGAAGAUGUACAAGAAAUGUUUGACAAGAGGCAAGUAAGUCUGAAGAAGUUGGCAGCCAAACAGACCCGGCCAGUACAACCUGUUGCCCCACAUCCUGAAUCUUCCCCAAAGCGAGCAUCACCAAAGAUUACCAGACCAGCAGGAGUAGCUACCAACAGGAGGUCCACAGAAAUUUCCUGCCCUCCAAGGACCAUUUCUGAAGUAGAGUUAUCAAAAAAGAAAAGCAUUAAGAAGACUAAAGGCGGAAUUAAGAUUGAAGUGAUGCAUGAAGCUAGUCAAGGGGGAUCCAGCAGAGUCCUGGUGAUGAGUGAAAGUGACGAGAACUUGUCAACAAGGAAGAGGUACACACUGAAGUUACUUGAUGCAGAAGACUACAUUUCUAAAAACACUGGCUUCAUACCUUAUGCUACACAAAUUGGAGACAGAUACAAAAAUGCAGUUUAUUACUACCUGAAUUUAAUUAUACCCUAUGAAAAUGCUACGACUGGUCUCCAAAACAUCAGCUAG